AUGAUUCAGAGAGUAAAAAAUUUUCUUAAAAUAGCCUAUGACAGCAAUACAGAUCCAUACAUUGCACUUUUACAGUACAGAAAUGCUCCAUUAUCAGGUCUUGAUUUUAGUCCAGCGCAGCUAUUGAUGAGUCGUUUCUUAAGAAUCAAGCUUCCAACAACAAGUCAGAACUUACAUCCAAAAGUCGUAGAUGCAAGAGAUAAUCUAGUUUACAGACAGCAACAACAACAAAAGUAUUAUGAUCGUAAAUCGAAACCUCUUUCAAGUUUGAACAAAGGAGAUGUAGUACGUAUGAAUUACAAUGAAACAUGGAAACGUGGAAUUGUUCGUUUUAAACAUCAAGCUUCAAGAUCAUACAUUGUUGACACAGAGGAUGGUUCAACUUUAACACGGAACCGAAGAGAUCUCAUCUACACCACAAAGAAAUACUUUAAAUACUUUUUAAAAAUGUGUGUUGGCAUGAUAUCGAGUAAACACGUUUUAGACGGAGAAUCAAGUAUAAUCUUCACGAGAUCAUUCUCAGUGAUUUCAAGAAAUGAUUCAAACACAACUUUUGGUGAUUGUCUAUCUUUUGAUAAAAAAGUCGAAAUACCAGAUGACUUAACAGAAUGA